AUUCUUCUUCGAGCGGAUGGGCGAGGAGCUGGCAGCGCCAAAACAACUUGUAUUUAAUUCUACUACUGUUCCUGAAGGUGUGAAUUUGGGGUCCGUAUUCAGUGGUGACAUCGUCGACUGGGAUGGUGAUGGAGAUUGGGAUUUGAUUUUAUGUCCUACAUUUCCAGUCAUCCUGCUCGCGCUUCAAGAAGACAACGAGUUCCGAAUUGUGCCUGACGCUGACAGUCCUUUUCGUGCAGUUCAAUUCGGAGGGGGGGAGGCCGUUGUAACAAUUGCUGAUUUGGAUGCUGACGGCUACUUGGACAUGCUUGUCGGCACAGCGGUGGGCAAGAUAUCAGUAUUUCGGCAAGACUCUUCACAUGCAUUUGUGCACCAAGAGGAGUUCGAUGUGCACUUUCCGUUGGGCGGGCCAACUGGUCCUGUAUUUGGUGAUUGGGAUGGUGAUGGGGAUCUUGAAGUGCUUGUUGGGACGGCAAACAAAUGGGAAUACUUCAAGUUUGGAGCGUGUCAACUUCAAGAUCCUUGCUUUGUCAACGCAGGGUUCUGCCGAUCCGGGGCUUGUCAAUGCCUUGGAGGUCAUGACGGCAAAGAUUGCUCGAAAUGCCUUCCCGGCUUCGCCACGGUUCAAAGAAGCUCGAAGACUGGACACACGUGCACGUUUUGCCCAGGAGUCAGGUCAGAGGCUGGCCCAUGCAAUGGAAAGGGGCGUUGCUUCGAUGACCAGCUAUCUGCAGACAUUCUGAGACAGCAAGGGCUCACGGCCAUCCAGCCACUGGGCAAUGGGAGCUGCUCGUGCAACAGGCCUUUUCUCGGUGCAGAUUGCAAUGAGGGUGAAUGUCCUUCGGGCACGGAGUUAUCUCGAGAAUUAGACGGAACACUGAGAUGCACCUUAUGCCUGCCUGGCUAUGGAAAGGAGGCUGCUGGCAACCGUCGAUGCCAAGCCUGCGAGCCUGGCAUGUUUUCCAAUGGCUCAGGUUUUUGUCAACCGUGUGAGGCAGGGAUGCGCCAGGCCAGUUAUGGCCAAGCUGCCUGCGAAUUUUGCCCACCAGGUUUUGCCCCGAGGGACGAUGCCAAAUAUUGUUCGUAUUGUUCCCGGGGCACUUACGCAGCCGCCGGGGAUGCUUCUUGCCGACCAUGUGAGCCCGGUAGUUAUCAGCGCGACACUGGACAAACCUUCUGCGAAGUGUGUCCUGCAGGCUUCACAACUGAUGAGGACCGCACCGCUUGCAACCGAUGUCAGGCAGGCACCUUUAGCAAGGACUCGCUCACGGGUUGCCAGACCUGUGGUGGCUUUACCGCACCCAACGAGCAGCAAACGAACUGUAUUCCUUCCUGGGCGAAGCUUGCAGGCGCAGUGGUGUUCACAUUCUUUGCGGCAUUCUUCAUGUGGCUGCUGCCAUUCUUCGUAGGGAUCAAGCGUCACAUUGCUGAUGUGUCCUGGCUGCCCACGGACGAAGCGGUGAUUCUCACCACCCGGCAAAAGCAUCAGUUCUCCUCGAAAUACAUCCCCGUGGUGUUUCGCGAUACAGGUGUGAGUUGGCUGCAGGAAAGCACUGAAAGCACCACGGAAGAUGGUAAGACUAAGAGUGCUCCGACCAUCUCCAGUAGUAGUAGUAGUAGUAGUAGCACUAGUACUAGUAGCAUCAUGUACGUGAAAAAGACAUCUCCAACCCAGCUUCAGAUCUAUACAGAGCCUGGUUGUCCCUUGGCCAAGCGUGCGGAAACCUCCAUCGGCACCUUUCGACCAACGCCUUUGGCAGAAGCUUUUGGAAGCGUUUUCUUGGGCAUACCUGUGGUCCUAUGGAUGGGAGUCUCUAUUGCAGGAAUGAUUGCUAUGGCCUUGCUGAUUCACAUUCCCUGGUGGUACUAUAUCGCAACCUUCGUUUUUGACUUCUUCGUGGUAUUAGCGCUACGGCUGCUACAGAGAAGGCACGAUGCUGCAACCCCUUUGCAGGCCUUGCUCGACAGCUACAAGGCAAAAGUGAUGACCAAUCCAACUCCUUGUGGUCCAGGACCUCUUCGAUCGGUCAACGUGGGCAAACUCUGCAAGUUUGAGGAACACUUUCGGCCGAUCCUGCAGAGAAGAAGCAUGUACCUUUGCCAGAAGAAGGAGGUCCUCCCUUGAACCCCAGAGAAUGACUUUGUCGAUUUUGUAUGAUUUGGUCAUAUGUGUUCGUUGCUUGAACAUGCCGCGGCGCUAAGGUACUACGUUUGCCCUUGCCCCAGACUGAAACUGCAAACCUUGAUCUCAUCAAAGGCCUGAAAUGGUUUGAGUUGGUUUGGCCUGACCGCUUGCAAACUCCAAAGCAUAGAGGACAUCAAGCGAAUAUCGUUUGGACUUUGCAGUGGACAAGUUGAUCAUGACCAAGCUAUAGUUUGUGAGCUUUCUGAGAAAGAUCCGCUGGUGCCGAGGUCCGAAUUUAGUGAAGCCCCUCACAAAAGAGAAGGAGGUCUCCUUUGCUGAAUUUGUU